CAGACAUUUGCCUCCGCACCGUAUAUACAAGCAUCUCUCCGCGCCACCCACUUCUUACAGCCUACCGACGAGGACCCCUAGGAAGAUACACUCUCCUCCUCCGAUAUACGACGAACACACCCACCCACCCACAUACCCGAAACCCUACGCAUCGCCGCAGCCAUGGACAUGGACGGCGGCAUGGCCUUUGCGCCUCAGCAGAAGAACGCCGCAACGAUUCUCUGCGCAGACUGCGGUGCACCCGUAGACGGCACAGUAUCCGGCGCCUUUUGCUACGACUGCAUCAAGCUCAAGACCGACGUCACCACGGGCGUCCAGCGCGAAGCCAUCCUGCUCAUGUGCCGAGACUGCGACCGCUGGCUCUCCCCGCCCACGUCCUGGGUCGUUGCGGCCCCCGAGUCACGCGAGCUGCUUGCCCUGUGCCUGCGCAAACUGCGCGGCCUGAACAAGCUGCGCAUCAUUGACGCCAGCUUCAUCUGGACCGAGCCCCACAGCAGGAGGAUCAAGGUCAAGAUCACAGCGCAGUCGGAGAUCAACGAGGGCGCCAUCCUGCAGCAGACGUUCGAGGUCGAGUUCAAGCAGAACUACCACCAGUGCCCCGACUGCGCCAAGAGCUACACACACAACACAUGGCGGGCCUGCGUGCAGGUGCGACAGAAGGUCCCGCACAAGAGGACUUUCCUGUACCUCGAGCAGCUAAUCCUGAAGCACGGCGCCCACAAGGACACGAUCAACAUCAAGGAGGUGCACGACGGCAUCGACUUCUUCUUCGCGCAGCGUAACCACGCCACCGCCUUCUGCGACUUCCUCAAGGCCGUCGUGCCCGUCAACAUCAAGGACUCCCAGGAGCUCAUCUCCCACGACAUUCACACUUCGACCAAGAACUACAAGUUCUCGUACUCGUGCGAGCUGGUGCCCAUCUGCAAGGACGACCUGGUCGUGCUGCCCAUCCCGCUGGCAAAGAAGAUCGGAAACAUCGCCCCGCUGGGCCUCUGCUCGCGCAUCGGCACCAGCGUGCAGUUCCUCGACCCCUCGACCCUGCAGACCGCCGACAUCGACACAAAGCUCUACUGGCGCACGCCCUUCCGCCCGCUGGCCGACGUGCAGGAGCUCACCGAGUUCAUCGUGCUCGACAUUGAGCCACUCGGCAAGCAAGUUGGACGCAACUUCCUGGCCGAAGCAACCAUCGCCCGGGCCUCCGACAUGGGCUCCAACGACACCACGUACUACUGCCGGACCCACCUGGGUGGCAUCCUGCACGUGGGCGACAGCGUGCUAGGCUACCUGCUGGCCAACACAAACUUCAACAACGACGUCUUCGACGUGCUGGAGCAGUCCACCAAGCACGCGAGCAAGAUCCCGGACGUCGUGCUGGUCAAGAAACACUACCAGCGCGCAAAGAAGAACAAGAACAAGCGCAACUGGCGCGUCAAGCGCAUGGGUCGCGAGGAAUCCGAGAUGCUGCCCCGCAAGCAGGACCAGGACAAGAUGGAGCGCGACUUUGAGAUGUUCCUGCAGGACGUCGAGGAGGAUCCUGAGCUCAGGGCCACCAUGGCCCUGUACAAGGCCCAGCAGGAACAGGCGCAACGCGAUGCGGAUGCCAUGGAGACAGAGGAUGAGGCAGAGGAGGACGAGGGGCUGGCUAUUCCCAUGGAGCAGUUGUUGGAUGACUUUGAGGAUAUGACGAUGAAGGAGUAGAGGGGUGUCGUAGUUGUGCACUUCAUGCACGUCAUGUCAGCAUCGCUGUUUCUGUUCUGCAUUUCGAGGCGUUGGUGGUCUAAAAGCAUGAUGACGGUGGUCUGGUCGAUGAUCUGGCGUAAAUGGUACUUUACAUACUUUGAUAGUUGUGAGCCUCAGUAGCUUGCAUGACAUGAAAGGAACAUGCUCAUCUUGGCCACAAGUUCCCUUCAACAUGCCUCAUAUGUGGUCCGUUCAGAACCUUCCAGCUGGCCGUUGAAGACAUCGAAACAAUUGCGCCGUUUUAUAUAUCAAGUUCUUAUCACUUUGAAGAUGUCGC